GCAGGCACCGCUUCUGUUUCCCUCGCCUCACUCCCUGGCCUACUACUGUACCGUACUCGUACCGAUGCGAGAUCGCAAACUACAACUGCGAUUACUUCUAACUCGUACUGGUGCUGUAUGGAAGAGUGUCACCCAAUCAGCGACUCGAUAAGGAAUGACACACGACAMACGACACACGACGUACAAACAACAACAACAACAUCAACAAGUACAGCAGCAGCAACAACAACAGGCACCAAUACAUUGUGGAAUACAGCACGAGUAUCACUGCUAGUACGAGGACCAAGCUCCGUGCAAACUAGGAGCAGAUCAGGUGCAGAUCAGGUGCUUCUGUAGUGCAACCAUUAGCUAUAUGCUGAAUGCUAUAUGCUGAUUGCUGAAUGCUUUGCGUACCGAACACCGCUCUGUUGACACCGAAACGCAACCAGCCAUCGAUGGAUCCGACAACCCACAAGACAAGCGCAGGCGUGCCAAACGAAGCCAAACAAAGCCGAUCGAAUCAAGCUCGCAGCAGCAGCAGCAACAGCAACAGCAGCAACACUCAGGUUUUUUCUAUCAUGGAGAAGAAAGCCAUCGAAGAUGCCAUCGCCAUGGCAAUGUCUACGGCGGUCUCUUCGCCGAUGUCAUCCGAAGAAUCCUCUGCCCAAUCAGCACCAGCAUCAGCGCCGAUAGCAGCGCUAAGACCAACACCGAUUGCGCAAUCCUGCACCGAGGACACUGCAAGAAACGAUGCAACCAGGACAUUCGAGGGAUCGGAGUUGGAAUCUGAAUUGGAAUUGGAAUCUAAAUUGGAAUUGGAAUCCGAAUCCGAAUCAGCUGCGGCAGCAUCGACAAUCCAGGAGCAGCAACAAGAGGAUUUCAAGCAACGCAAUCGACAGCAACCACCAUCGACGCACGCAACCGAUGUCCACGGAAUUCUCAGAAAGUCCUCGUAUCGGAAACGAACGCAAACGAGCAACAAUUUUGCUUUUCGAUCGAACCUACCCCCUCACGUAGAUACGAGGCAUGGUGGAGAAUUCGAUGUCCUGGAGGACGAAUACUGCGAGUACGGUUGUCGAAGGAGGAGGAGGAGCCCAACAGGCAAUUUCAAUGGUGCAGCCUCGUCCCUCUUCCGGACGACGCUCGAUCGCACUAUCAGCGACAAACACUUUCGUCGAAGGAACACCAGCACGGCGAACAAUGAAUCCGAUUCGUCCUCCUCGGGUUCUCUCAACAUGCUUUUCCUCAAAUCCAUGCUGGGUCUUGUAGUGGUCCUCCCGGUGGUCCUUCUCACCUUUCUCGGCCUGCCCUACCUACUCCUGGGAUCCCUGGUGUGGACUCUCAUCUUUGUUGCAAGGUGGUUUCGGACUUUUGUCGAGGAGGAAUUCUUGUUUUCCUCGAGAAAAAACGGCAUGGACAACAGUGCGAGCCGUGGGGGUGGAACCACCCCAAGCCUUCUUGCCACCGCCACACGAACCACCGACAGGAACAGGAACAGGAACAGCAACAGGAACAGGAACAGGAACAGGAACAGGAACAGCAACAGCAACAGCAACAGGAACAGGAACAGCAACAGGAACAGCAACAGCAACUACAGCAACAACUACAGACCGAUACAUCCCCCCUCGGUGGAGGCCCCAUUUUUGGCAUCCACCACGGAAAAAGCCACCAACCCGAUGGGGAUGCUCAACGAUGCAAUCAUCCAGAGCAGCCCCCAAGCCAGAGUUCGAUCGAAAAAGGUUCGAUUCCAACCCGGAAUCAAGUUCCCUGUCAAAAAAUUGCUCCGGCAACCCGUGCCUCGAAUCAACAAAAAGAAGAACACCAACUUGGCGCUGACUACAACCGCAAACAGCGGCAAUGGAAACGGGGGGGCCACAAAAGAACAGCAACAGCAUCAGCAUCAGCAUCAGCAUCAGCAUCAGCAUCAGCAUCAGCABCAACAGCAACAGCAACAGCAACAGCAGCAUCAGCAUCAGCAACAGCAACAGCAGCGUUCACUAUUGAUCAAAACACCACCGAGAUUGCUUUCGAUCGACCAGCAAGAUGCCAAAAACAACCAUGCUGUAGAGGGAGGCGCCACCAACUCGUUCCACAAUUCCUACGCUUCGACCCUCACUAAUACGUGGAACCUGGACAGCCUCGUGAUUUUGAGGAACUACAUGAAUGAUUCGCAACGAGACAACAACGCAAGCAAGAAAACGAACGCGAACGCCAACGCCAACGCGGAGGCAGACACGAACGUCGAAGCUGACGCUAACGUUCAACACAGCGAAGCAUCAUCGUCGUCCACAGAGAAUCCUCCAGUGCACGUUCCAACCGAUGACUCCUCCAAACACGAUGGCAACAACGAUUCCACUCCUUCCGAAUCACUAGGAAGCAAGGCCAGCGUGGCAAACGAAGGCGAGGAGAAGGUUGAUGAUCAAAUAGCCGAGGAUUCAAAAACUUCGAUGUACUGCAAAACAGAUGAAUCAACGCUAGAAUCACAAUCGGAGCUCGAAUCAGAAAACCAAUCCUCGGAUGCUACUCCCACAUGUCCUCAGCAGUCGUUUUCGUACUUCGACCAAGAAGUUGUCGAGGAAGAAGAUGCCGUCUACGAAACCAGAUACGGGCACCCAACGACGGUAAUCGAACUGGACGGUGACGAUGAGGACGAUCGGUUCCAUGUCGAAGAUUUUGAGGAAGGGUUGUUCGCCGUUUCUCAGAACAAGAACACCAAACAAAAAAGGAGGGAACGCAGGGCAUCCCACUAUCGUCGAAGAAAGCCAAGGGAUUCUCUCUGCUUUCUUGUCACCAAGGGCGCCAGUGCCAACGACAGUCGCCCUUGCGCCCCCGACUUUCCGGUCAUUCCCGAGUGCCCCUCGGACGAGCAGGACUUUUUGCAACAAAAGAUCAAGGAGAAAUUUCGACAGGCAAUCGUGGUGGAAUCAUCGUCACCAGGUGACAGCAAGACCGACAGAAACAGCGAAUUCGAUUCCUUACAGGAUCGAGAGGUAGAAGAAGAUCGUGCCUUUCGUCUUCCUCCGUGGAAGGAGGACAGCGGCAACCAUGGAAAUCACAAGGGUGUCAGCACCGAAACAGAGAGGAUUGGCGACUGCGAUCCCGAACACGGUGUCAGCGACGACUCAGCGACGAUGUCGUCGUCAUCCCUGAUAUCCGGAACCAUUGGGAUUGGUUCCAUUGAGAUUGGUUCGAACGAAGUGGUGCCAAAACCCGAACCGUGUGCAUCACCGAGGCUCGGUUACGGUGAUGGGACUCGUGAGGUGUUUAGACUUCCCAACUGGGAGGAUGGUUCCAACAAUAUUGCCGGCACUGCGAGCAACUCUUACCAAGGAUCUAUUGAUGAUUGUGAAGACAGCCUUGCCGAAAACAUAGCUCCAUACGCGGUCUCCGGCCAUCCUGUUGUCUCGGAACUACCAAUUGGGCUGAAGGGCAAAUCCAGCGAGGGGUACCCGUGCACGAGCACGAGCACCGGUCUCCACAGAACGCAUGAUGGUGUCGACGAUCGUGAUUGCACAGUAGUAGAACCGCCGGAACAAACUCCGAAGACUCCUAGUGACAUUGUCACUCGGAACUCGCAACACGGCGGGGACAAGGAGCUGUUGCAUCCGAGUGAUCUUUCGCCUGCCAGGAACGAAUGUGUGGAACACGACGACACUUAUGUGAAUGCUAAAACCAUGCAUCGACAAGGGAAUGAAGGCGAUUCGACCAACCACAAACCAAUGAAGUGCAAUAUUGGACGCAACCAUGGCGACGAGGAGAACGACAUUCGGAUCCAGAGGGUAUCGAUUCAACCUGUGGGUUUGCAAUCUCGGCUGGAAUCAAUGGAAGAAGACGAUCUCACGAGCAAUUCGUCGAGUGCCAUUGUAGAAAACAAGGAGAAUGUCGUGGCGAUGGAGGUGGACACCGCUUCGUCGGUCAAAGGGUCGGAAGAGAGCAGCGGAAAUAGUCACAACAACUUGGCAGCCCCGCUUUUGCCACCGUUCCAGCGUUCUGUCCUAAGUCCAUCCAGCACGCACUCGAAUGUUAACGCGAACUAGUAAUCUACUCGCAUCAGCAGCCUGGUCUCAAUGACAAAUCGGAGCUAGCGAACAACGACUUCUCUUGCGGUACAAGUUUCGUAAAAUUGACCAGUGUGAUGGAAUAUCGUUGUCGCCUCGAAUUGAUUGCGGUGCCAAUCGCAAGUUAGGAAUGUAGUACUGGCAGUCGGAUCUUGUUGAUGCUAUGGAGCUAGGAAACUACAGUAACAGUAUAAUCCCAUUUGUUCCAACGCCAACCAGAACAAUAAUGUUGGUCCUUAUUAAUAAUUAUCACAGUAUGUA